CGCAAAAGAUGUCAUCUAGGCGGCCUUGGACGGACCUGGUCGUAUUACUAUUCCUGCUGACCGAAUCAGCGCACUGCAUCAAGUGCCUGUCCUGCAAGAGUGACCUGUACGAAGAGGCUUGUGAUGCCGUAGGGAAACGGGUGACCUGCACCGAGGAGAACGCACACGAACACUUUCGCUAUCUGCAGCGGCUGGAUAAGGCACUGGUCGAACCACGGCGUAACGAAGGCUACCAGUGUAUGACGAUCAAAGUAGGCAACCAUCGGUUGGUUAAGGGCUGCGUCUACGCUAAUCUGCCGGUGUGUUUGGCAUUCCGGAAGAGGGCUAAAUUUUGCUCGACCUGCUUGGAUGAUGAUUGUAACAGUUUGAAGUAUAGGGAUUUCUAUCUUAACUAAACCGAAAGGGAUUGUUAUUCAGGACAAUAUAUAGAUAUAUUGUGCAGUGAUCAUCAAUCGAACAAUAACAGUAUUGCCAGUUGGAGUAUGCGAACACAGUGGAUGUCCCUACUUUGUCAAGGUCCCCAUUUUA